CCAGCAGCUCUGGGCCAGGCUGGAGUAUUCUUCUGAGGUAAUGAUUAAGCUGUGUGCCUGACCAGCCAGGCUCACACCUCCUGGGAUGUGGUGGCCAGGACUGGCUGGGAAGGCAGGGCUGCACUCUGGGACCCGCCGGCAGCCACAGCUCCUAUCUGCCUGCACACAUAGCCAUCCCAAGCAUCUCUAGGUUGGAGCCCUUGCUGCCUGCCCACUGGACUUGCUGCACCCCCACCAUGAAGCUCUGGGUGUUCUGGACCAGGCUGGAGUACACCUGCCAGAUCCUGGGCAUCACCACCGCCUCAGUGUUGAUCGGUGUGGGCACCGAGACCCUCCUCCGGGGGCAGUUCAAAAGCCUGGCCUUCUAUCUGCUGUUCACAGGCACUGCCAUUGCUGUGUGCGAAGGGGCCUACUUCUUGGUGCAGCUGCUGGCUGUCUGCUUUAAGUGCCAGCCUGGGUCCCUGGCCCACAUGGCCAGGGAGAAGGCCCACUGGCUGGGCUGCUUCCAGAAGUUCCUGGCCUACAUGCUGCUGUCAGUGGCCUGCUUCCUCCACCCUGCGCUGGUGUGGCAUGUGACCAUCCCAGGCUCCAUGCUCAUUGUCACGGGCCUUGCCUACUUCCUGCUGAGCAAGCUCAAGAAGACCAAGGCCAGGGCAUUGGGGCCGGCCUCCCCUGAGCAGUACACAGAUCCCUCGGGCAGCGCUGUGAGCACCACAGGCUCUGGGGACAUGGAGCAGACCUACACCUUCCACGGGGCCCUCAAGGGGACCUCUGGCUCCCUCUUCACCAGCAUGAAGAGCCUCCUGUGGGGGACCCAGGGGACCAGCAGCCUGCCGCACCCUGACACCAUGACCGAGCUGCCUCUGCAGCCUGCAGAUGGCCUGGCCAAGAAGAAGCAGGUGCACUUCCAGGACGACACAGUCAGGAUCAUCCCAUCCCUUGCUGAGGCGUUGGGCGACGGGGACAGCGAGCCAGAGGAGACCACCUCUGACACGGCACCCAUCAUCCCAGUCCCUCAGGCCCCUCACCUGCUGUCCUCACUCGAGGUUCCCGACCUGUACUGAGCAGCUCAGCGAGGGAAACACACAGUCCAUAUCCAGCGCUUCCUGUCAUGCAUGGAGCAUGGGGUCUUCAUGGUUAGGUCCUCCAGGGUAACCAGACACCCCAUGGUGUCUGCUCUCAGGGCCAUCAGGCCCAUCGAGGGUGUGACGGCCAGGAAGACACCAGCAAGCACAGGGUUCCCCUUCUCUGCCAUGGGUGGGAAAAUCCUUGCUGUGUCCACACUGGUUGCAGGGUCACUGUCUCUGCUCCCACAAGACAGGGGAUGUUGCCCUGGCAAACAUCACCUGACUACCCCUGCUCCCAACCCAGAGCCUUUGCUGUGACCCCAGCUCUGAGAGCCCAGGGACACAGUAGCAGCCAAAGUAGAUGAGGGGUCAAAGGCAGGUAUGGAAGGCAGCCAUGGGUCCCAACCAAGAUGGCUGCAGUGGGGACAGAAGCUGCAGGCUCCAGAGCCAGAGGAGCUGCCAGGAGGCGCAUUCUGAAUCCCAGAACUAUCAGGGGCCAAUGCCACUCUGGGUGCUGCUCACUCCAGAAGCACGGUUGAGGGCUUCCCAGCCCCAGCCCCCCAAGAGCUCAUGCAGGCGAGAGUCCAGCAUGGCCUGCAGGGCUGCCGUGUGACUGCAGUACCUGGGGCAGAGCCCAGGCAGCCGCAGCAGAAGUGGCCUUGCCAUGUGGGUGCCUGGUGCUGGACGAGUGGUACACACAGGGCUGUUCUCAGUGGGAGGGAAGAAGGCAGAGGGAAGAGGACAGGAGGGUGGUAGGCAGGCCAGGUCUGUGCUAUGGGCUGUGGAAGGGAAGUGAACCCGAAGGAAGAAUGGAGUUGGAACCCAGAUAUUUCUUAGUAAAGGACUUGUAGGGUGGUGUCCACUUCUGAGUGAUGCAUUUGUCCUUGAGGCCCCUGAAUGAAGAGCACACUGUUCCUCGUAGGCAGCCUGAAGCAGCAGUGGGAAGGGCUUAGUGAGUCUCAGAUCAUGGGCCUCGAGGUCUACAGGGGCACCUGUCUCUGCCAUAGGCUUCUCAGUACCCCUGUGUGUUGCCUUUCUUGCAAAGGUGUAGAAAUGAGGCCCCAUGGAAGCUGGCAGUGUCAGUCACUCAGGUCCCCCUGCAAUCACCCACCUUCCUCUCACAUCCAAGGGCCAGUGGCUGAUGGAUGCAUCCCCAGCAGCCCUCAGUAGGAGGACAGCAGGAUCUGAUGGUGAGCAGCGCAGUCGGGAGAGCAGACAGUAUGGGAAGUGGGCCAGGCAGGCAGGGUCUUGCCCAUCAUCCGUGGAUCCCAUCUGAAUGCCAUCAGCACAGAUCACUGUGACAGGGGAGUGGUGGGCCUUGAGUUCACAGCAGCCUCAUCCCCAGGUUACCAAGAGCAAACCUGAAGGUGUGAGCUCAGAACUGUGUCAUGAACACUCCUGCAAGCCCAAUACCAGACCCUGGUUAGAGUGUGUCAGAGGGAGGCGCGCAUUGGCAGCUCCAGGUGACAUCUAGGUUUCAUGGGGACCGUCACCAGUUAACAGAGAGUCUGCUCUGGAUCCAGUAUUAGAGAGCUAAGUUGAUCACAGCUGUUAGCAAAGCGAAGCUCUCAAACAGUCUUACUGAUCUCAAGAAAGAAAAAAAGUCACCAGGGAUUUAGCUCAGUGGUUCUGGCACCUGCCUCACAAGUGCAAGUUCAAUCCCAAGUUCGAUCCACAGUACCAAAAAAAAAAAAAAGAAAAAAAGUCAUGAACAGACCAAGACCCUCACUGGGUGGCUGGGCCAGGUGAACAAUGUCCCCUCCUUGUGAGCAAGUAAGUACACCCAGCUCCACUCGGCCCUCGCCUGAGCACUCACACCCACGACCCCAUCCCCUGUUCUCUGCACAGCAGCUAUGGAAACGACCUCAGCCCUGAGGAGAACCAGUGGCCCUACAAUGACUGCAGUGCUCUUUCGGCACAAACCAGAGCUGAGGCUUGGUGGAGGGGACAGAGUGGUUGGCAGGACAAAGCGCACCAGGCUGGGGCCACCCAUCUGCCACUAACACAUGUUCCUCGUCUUGUUCAGUUGUUGCUGCUGCUCACGCAUCACAGAAGAACCUGGACCCGGGGUGUUGGGGUCAGGGCCAAGGGCUUUCAGACCACAGAUUUGGGUCACAGUGAGGGCACAGCAUCCAAGACAUCACCCUGGGGAGGGUCCUGCUACCAGCACAGUGAGACAGAACCUACAGGGAGCCCAAAUCCUGGGGAGCCGGGCCCUGGGGUCCUCUCUCUCUCGUCAGCCUGACCUUGUUCUUGUGUUUAUUGUUUGGUUGGUUGGUUUUGAUUUUCUUGUGUCUUUAUUGAAAUAUAAUUCAAAUAUAUCAUAAAAUUCACCAGUUUAAAGGACAUAGUUAAAUGAUUUUUAAUAUAUUUUUAAUCUAAGUUCACCACAGUCAUCACCAUCAAAAUUCCUAUUUUCAUCUCCAGAAAAAGAAACCCCUGUACCUCCCUGUCAGUCUCCUGCAGGCACCAAAAUCUACUUUUUAUAAAUUUGCCUUUUCUGGCCAUUUCCUACAAAUGGAACCAUGCAGUAACAUGUAAUAUGAUCCUUUAAUAACGUCUCUCUAUUGUUGUUCUCUGUUAGUAAGUUGUCCUCAUGCUUUAAUUCCUUAAGCGUGCUUUCCUUUAGUUCUUUGGACACACAGUACUCACUUGGAGUUGUUGACCUACACCUGGGCCCCCUCAAAAGCUGGGUUUCUUGGGUGUUUUCCCCACGUAUCACAAUUUGUUUCUUUUGAUAUCUCAAAAAUUUGUUACCAAUGGACCUGGAUAUUUUGGAUAACUAUGUGGUAACUCUGGAUACUGGUUCUUCCUCAUCUCCACCUGGAUUCUUGUCUGUUUGCUUACUCAUUUGUGUGUUUACUGAUAUGGCUGGAUGAAUUCUGUGAAAUCAACUGAUUUUUCCAGAAUAUUCAGUCUUUUUCCUUGGUUUUUAUCUUUUAGCAUAGUUAUCUAGGAAUUUCCCCCUGGGUCUGCAUACGCCAUUUAUUGGUCAGAAGUUGUGAUUACCCUUGGGACCGAUUAGAUACUUACCCUUUACCCUUGUAGUGCAUGGAGCGGGGACUUGGGCUUUUCCAUCACAGAUUGAGGUGUCCACACUUGUCCCUACAUUCAGCUAGGGACUCAUAGUUUGGAUGUCCUUUCUCUGAUCACAACUGGGAGGCAUAACAUGUAAUGCUGUUUGCCUCAGUGCCAGGAGUGUGUGAGAUUUUAUUUUUAAGUUUCUAGGAGUUGCUCUGGCCCAGAGUUUGGUCAGAGGUUGUGUCUAAGACCCCUGGGUCAGAGAGCCCAGACUUUGUGUGUGUGGCUCUGUGUGCAGAUGGAACUUACUCUAAUCACUUUCUCAUCACUGGGACUCAAAUACCCGACAUCCACGACUUAAAGGAGGAGAGGUUUAUUUUGGCUCGCAUUUUCAGUCCUUGUUGGGUGGCUCUGGGGCAGGACACAGGGAGGGCAAUAAAACCUUCCAGUGACCCGCCUCUUCCAGCCAGACCCCACCUCCUAAUAGCAAGUCAGCUACAAGCCCAGUUACCUUCCAAGGUACAACUAUGAACAUGGGAGGCCUCAGGACAUCUCAGUGUCAACCAGAACAACAAACCUUCUUGCAAGGCAGAGGCGUCCUCCAGGGAAGCAGGUGCACCCUCUCCCAUCCUGAGACCCUUGCCCAGGAGAGGGAAGCCAGGACCCAUUCUACAGCCUUUUCUAAGUUUACUUGCAAUUACCAUUAAGGUCCACUAGGUAGCACUCUAAUGCUACCUUUUUCCCUAGUGCUGCCUAUUGUCUAACAAAACAAAGAAUGUAAUUUUAGCAAUUAAAUCUAGUGUGUCUAGGCAGGUGGUUUGUGACUGUAACCUUGGCUUAUGUAUUUGUCUGGGAAAAUAUUCCUGUUGAGUUUUAUUUGCUGUACUGACAGUUGUAAUCCAGCCUGCUGCUGUGGUCUUUAUCUUUCUUUCUUUCUACCUUUCUUUCUUUCUUUCCUUCUUUCUUUCUUUGGACUGGGUCCUGCUCUGUAGUUCAGCUGGUCUUGAAUUCGCUAUGUAGCCCCAACUUGUGGCAAUCCUCUUGCUUCAGCCACUCAAGUGUUUGAAUACAGAUGUGCACUAUCAUGCCUAGCUCUAUUGUCUUUCUUGUGAUUGUCCCUGGUGCUAUUCCUUUCUUAGAGGUCUUGAGUGGCUGCUAUAGAAAAAAUUUUUCUUUUUGGUGUUUGGUUUCUGUAACUCAUACAAGGCCGUGGAGCAUGGGGAGCUUGCAAGCUUUGCAAGCCUAGAUCUUUUUGACACUCAACUUCUCUAUCCAGUAAAAGUUUUGACCUCAUUAUGAGGGCCAAAGAGAGCAUCCUAAAAGGACUUGCUGCUAAUAUGCCUUAUAACUGGGGCAAAUGUAAGGAGGAUAGAUGAAAGAAAAAGAAGCUGUCUUUUAUAACACAGUUUGGUCUUAGUACAAGUCAGGAGAUCAAGAACACUGGCCCAAGAAUGAGUCCUUGCAUUAUAAUAAUAUUCUCCAGCCCCAUGUGCUCUGCAAAAGAAAAGAGAAAUGGCAAGAAAUCCUCUACAUCUGGGUUUAUGAAGCAUUACCAAGACCCAAGACUUGGGAUCUGUAUUAGCUUUCUUUUCACUGGGAGAACACAACACCUAUGGCAUAGAGGAAAAGUUUAAUUUGUCCAUGGUUUCAGUCCAUAUUUGGCUGGUUCCAGGGCAGGGAUAUCAUGGAAGCACAGAGCAAAGCUGCUUAGCUCAUGGUGGUCAAGAAGCAGAGCAAGGAACAGUGCCAGGAAGGAAUGGGCUGGGAAACAUACAUACCCUAGGUCACAUCUCCAGACCCACCCAGAUGCAUCCAAAAGCUUGCUUUCCAAAACUGCUAGGUGUUGACAAAACAAGGCUACCAUUCACAAGAACUCUUGUCAGAUUUGUGUGAAUGUGGUUUCUAAGUGUCUGAGGCCCAUAGAACCUGAUGCAGACAUACUAACAGAUCCCUGCUGCCUACUGACACCACACUGUUGGACCCACACACACCCCCUCCACACAGUACAGGGCCCUUCAGCACCUGAGCAAGCUGAGGGGUCCUGGGCACCUCUCCCCACCUCCUCCUCCUCAUCAUCCAAGGCUGACACCUCUUCACCACACCAACACCUGCUCCAUCAGUGCCAUCUCUCACUAAAGGGAUCAGGAAACAAACUAGAGCCCCACUUUAUUCAGGGGGAUUUGUCCCAAUUGUGAGAAGUAUGAGGUGGGGAAAGGAGAGAUAUCACUACAUGUUCCCUUCUCAGUUAAAGACAUGACUCAGUGUAAGGAAAGAUUUGAUGAUUUUUAUUAAAUUGAGUGUUGCUUU